ACUACCACAAAGUAUGUGUUGGUUGUGGUCUGUGGUGGGGAAUCUAUGAUCGUAUUAACCUAGCUGUCAAACGCUAGAAAACUUAGAUGAAUUUAAUACUGUAAUAAUUUGGAUAAACUUUUGGUGUGUGUUUUGAAAGUUUAAGUUUGUUGAAGAAAUGGCCACCUGUUUUGAAAAUUUCCAGAUGCCACCAUGUGUGUGGUUUGAAGGAGAUGACAAAAGAAAUCCUGUGGUGUCUAUCAUAGCUGGAAUUUUGUUUUUUGCAGGUUGGUGGUUUGUCAUUGAUGUGCAGUCUAAUCCAGAUACUGAAUAUUUCAACCCAGCUUAUCAUGUGUGCGGUAUAUUUGGCACUCUGUCUCUUCUCAUGAUAAACUCUGUAUCGAAUGCCAUGGUGCGUGGGGAUGCGUACUCUGGCGGUUGUUUCGGUCCCAGAGGAGCCCGUGCAUGGCUGUUUGUGGGAUUCGUCAUGGGUUUCGGAGCAGUCAUUGCUUCUUGCUGGAUACUCAUUGCGAACUACUUGUCGUACGAGCCAGGUAAAAAUGAGAAACCAAGGGGCACAUACCCAGGAGUCGGCUUGUUCCUCCAGAAUGCACUGAUCUUCAUCGGCUCGCUGGUCUUCAAGUUCGGGCGAGUCGAGGACCACUGGAACUAGGCCGUAACUGUGUAGUAAUAGCUUUUGUAUGAAAUAUUAUAUGUCAUAUGUUUUUGGACCUCCGUAAAUGCAAAUUUUGUGAACGUGUAGCAGGCACAUAUAGGGAGUGUCUGAUGCACAUUCAGUGGUACUGUUGUUGUGGAAUUUUUUUCAUUGUUAAUUCAGUUAGGAAAGCUGCUCUUCAUAUGUAACCAUUAUUUAUUUAGUCUUUAAAUACAUACAUAUGUAAAUAUACAUACUUAUAAUGGAUAUCACUUAAUAGGAUGUUACAUGUGAAGUGGUCACAAAAGCAAGGUAUACAAACCUUACUUUUUCUCAACACUUAAAAUUUGGCAUUGAUAGAAGAAAACCACGUACUUAUUCUAUUGAUUUUUAAAUUCUCAAAUAAUAUUAUAAUGUACAUGAAUUUGGCAACAUAUUUGAAUGAAGGUCAAAAACAUGUUCUUGUAUUAGUUAUAAUUUACUAUGGUUGUUUGAGGUUUAUUAACAAUUCCCCAUCAAAGAAAUUAUGUGCAAUAACAUGACACCAAGUUGUACAGUUGUAAGUUAGUGUUGCUCAUUUAAAAAUUAUAUUUGCACACUGUGCACGUCUAUUUCUGAUAAACACACACACAUUAUUUUUAGUAUGUAUAAAUAGGACGUCUAAAUUGUUAAAAUUAAAACAAAUAAAAGCGUAGCUACUUCAUGAUUCUAUACAUUAUAAUUUACUGCUUCAAAGAUGUAAUUGUUUGAAAACUUGUUUCAGUGGGCAUAGGUAGUUCAGUGAAGAAUUAUGGUCAUAUGCCACUGGAUUGUAGUAAGGGAAUGAAUACUAAUCAUGUUUAAGUCUAAGUUUUGCAAAUACUUUAGCUAAUUACAAUUGUAAAUCAAUUUCUUAAUGGUCUGCAAUUUAUUUGUUUAUAAUCUAGCUAUUUUUACUCUGUUUAUAUGGUACUACUUAUGAUCAUAAAAAUGUAUGCUGAUAUAUUUUCACUUGUGUUUUCAAUAAUUUUUGAAAUUAUGCAUAACAAAAUAAGUUACUAUUUUUGAGUGUCAAAUGUCAAAGCCAAAUAUGACCCAACAUGGGAACUGUCAAAGAAAUGUUGCAUUUUAUAAAAUUUAAUUGGCCAUCAUCAGUCUAGUUAUGAAACACCUAUCCUUUUUUUUUAUAUUGGUGGUGAUAGUAUAGAUAGGGGCAGGCAUUUUUCUACAGAAAAAUCUGAACCCAUAUUGGUUUACAAUAUGGUAUGCCUGUGCCAACAGUUUCUUCCUUGUGGAUGGCCUUCGUCUGCCUUAUUUGACCGGGCCACUCAGGACACAUUUACUUCUGCACUGAAUUAUGUCCUGUGAUAGAUAUGAUGAAAGUAGAAAUAAACCUGAAAGAAACUCACCCAAUCACGAAACACAGACGGUGCUACAUUGUUUUGAGUCUCGGCUAGUGUCAAAAUCAUUUCAUGGGAAAUGCAUGCCCCUAAGUAUAGGUAAUUAUAUCUUAAAAAAGUUCGUAAUUAAAAACCUCACUUUUUCACAUACAGCAAAACCCUUUUAAUAAAAUAUCCUGCAGAAGUUUCAAAAAUUUAGCACUUGAUCUAUAAAUACUUAAAAUUUUACAUUUUUUUAUAGGUCUAAAUUUGUAAGUACCUUAAGAAACUUAACAGGGUUUUACAGCAUCCAAUUUAAUUAGGUACUUAGGCAUUGUAUGGGAUUGUGUAUGACAUUCACAGACUUAAAACCACUACGUUAAUCGACAGAAAAAAAUUAUAUUACCAACUGUAUUAUACUGACCAAUACAAAAUUAAAUUCUGUUUAACUUUAUAAACUUUUGCCUGUGCCACACUACUUAAACAAUACUCUGCAAGAAUAUAUCCAGCUGUUGUUAGGCAUGUCAAAAAACUAAAUAAAUUUUAGUGAUGCAACCACUAGGAAGUGUGGUUUUUCAAGCUCCUCACAGAGUAUUUUAUUGUUAUUGCUAUUAUGGUAUUGAUGCCCUACGAGUUACAAGAUAUAAAUUCACUUAAAACUUUUUUCCUUAAUGGUAAAUAAUACAUAUGAAUAAAAUAUGGAACUACUUAUCCUAAAGUGUAGUCAGAAUGUUUGUAUGCACUAAGCUAUAAAUUCCGGCUGUAUGCCUAAUUAUAUCAAAUUUGUAGUGGAAUAGUUUAGAUUGUCGGAACAUGCCUCAUUUGCGUACUAUAACUCUUUUCAGCUAAAUGGUUAGUAUAAUUUGUAGCUUUUAUAUUCAAGUUUGUUGUAGUGUACAACAUGAUUUAUAAGUAUAUAAUUUAACGAGAAUUAUUUGUAUAUGCUAUGGUAAGUACUGUAACAGACAAGACACUAAACUUCAAACUACCUAUAUUAUAAGUACAUCUGCUUUUAAAAAAAAUUAUGUAUAGUAUUAAAACAAAUUGCCUGUGGGUUUGUAGUACUCUGAUCUUAAAUGUGAUUAUUGUAUUGCAUUUGAGAAAAAAAAAUUUAAAUUACUUUUAUAGAAUCUCAUAGUUUGUAAACCUUGUUUCAUCAAAUUACAGCCAAAUUAUAUGUUUUUUGUAUUGCAUAUGAAUUUAAGUCCUGAAAUUUGUGCGUGUCUCCAAAAUAAACAGCUGAAGUUCAGUUUAAAAA